UCUCGAAGCUUUUCAUGACGUAGCGUUGUUAUCGUGUCCGGAAGUGGCUUUAGCACAAUAUGGAAGGAUUUCUUUGCUGUUCAUUUUGGAACAAACACCAUCAGUCUCCCUUUAACUGCUACAGUUUAAGUAUACACUUUUAAGAGACGUGUUACAACGUCGAAGGGCGAAAAGAACCGGGUUCAUUGUUAUACGAACUGGGUAGCUAGCUCAUAACUACCCUAGGCAGAAAGCUGCCUUUUCUGUUUAGUUUGUCAAUGAGAAUGUUUGUAAAGGGUUUAUAAAUCGUUUUCUAAAUACUGUCGCUGUACUUCAUUGCUAAAUGAGCGACCAAUUAAAUUCACUUCAUAGAUAGCAGUAAUGCUAUAAGAAUACACAAGCCGGUUGGCUGAAAUGGACGAGAAAUACAGCAACAACGUCCUUUCCGGAGGACAACUUGGGAUGGUUGAAGUUCCCAAUUCCAGGUUAACCAGGUACAUAGUUUUGCUGAUCAUCUCAAAGAUUUUGAAGGCCUUGGGAAUAUUCGAAUCAUAUGACAUUCUAAAGGUUGUUCACAUUGUUCAGUUCAUCUUCACAUUAAAGCUAGGGUCUGCUGUUAUUUUACUUGUCUUUCAAAAGCCUUUAUCCUCUGGAAAAGUCAUCUCCAAAAGACAGUGGAUAAAGAUAGUAAAGCACAGUGUUUUCAGCUGUAUCAUAUCCCUACUGGGCUUUUUUGGGCUCACUCUCUGUGGACCCUUGAGAACAUUACUGCUCUUCGAGCACAGUGAUGUGGUGGUGAUUGCUCUCCUUGGUGUCCUCUUCACCAAUUCAGGAGGCGGGCCAGCAAAGACCAGAGGCGCUGCUCUCUUCAUCAUCGCAGUGAUCUGCCUACUCCUCUUCGACAAUGAUGAUCUCAUGGCAAAAAUGGCGGAGCAUCCUGAGGGACAUCACGACAGUGCGUUAACUCACUUCCUGUACACCACCAUUGCGUUUUUGGGGGUUGCUGAUCACAAAGGUGGUGUUGUGCUGCUAGUGGUCUCCCUGGGCCUGAAGGUUGGCUUUCACACAGCCUCCAGGAAACUUUCAGUGGAAGUAGGUGGAGCAAAGCGCCUUUAUGCCUUGGACAACCUAGUGUCAGCUGUGGUACUGCUGCCCUGGGUCAUAGUGUUGUCAGCCACCACAGAAAGUAAGGUUGAGUCAUGGUCUGCUCUUAUCCUGCCUUUUGCCAUGAUCAUCUUCUCUGUGAUGAUCCUUGAGUUUUACGUGGAGGCCAUCUGCAAUGCAAAGAUGGAAGUGCAGCGGUGCGCCCGAUAUGGCGCCAUCGCUCUCUUAUCCAGCGCCCUGCUGCUCGCCAACUUCUGGACUCACCCGCUGACCGACCAGUUGCGCUCUAUGAGUAAACCACCACAGCAGGGCAGCACGGAGCACGUGCUCUCUGGAGGGGUGCUCGUCAGUGCCAUUUUCUUCAUUAUGUCAUCAAGUAUCCUCUCAUCACCAUCAAAGAAAGGUCAAAAGGGCACCCUGGUGGGUUACUCACCUGAAGGGACUCCUUUGUACAACUUUAUGGGUGAUGCCUUGCAACACACUUCUCAGUCCCUGCCGCGCUUCAUUAAAGAUUCCUUGAAGCAAAUCUUGGAGGAGUACGACUCGAGACAGAUCUUCUACUUCCUGUGUCUUAACCUGGCUUUCACCUUUGUUGAGCUCUUUUAUGGUGUUUGGACUAACAGCCUGGGGCUGAUCUCGGAUGGCUUCCACAUGUUGUUUGACUGCUCAGCUUUAGUCCUCGGGUUGUUUGCCGCCCUAAUGACCCGAUGGAAAGCCACCAGGAUCUUCUCCUAUGGGUAUGCCCGUGUUGAAAUUCUUUCUGGGUUCAUCAAUGGAUUGUUCCUGAUGGUCAUCGCUUUCUUUGUCUUCGCGGAGUCAGUCACCCGUUUAGUAGACCCACCCAACAUAAAUACGGACAUGCUGACUCCGGUGUCUGUUGGCGGCUUAUUGGUCAACCUGGUAGGAAUUUGCGCUUUCAGCCACGCUCAUUCCCACGGUGGCAAAAGUUGCUCGGGGCAUGAUCACGGCAAUUCACACCACGGCCACUCCCAUGGCGACCACAGCCACGGAGGUCAUGGCCACUCUCAUGGCGGGCACGGACACGGAGGACACGGACAUGGUGGACACGGGCAUUCCCACAGCUCAGGUGGCGGAGGCAUGAAUGCCAACAUGAGAGGUGUGCUUGCUCGGACGUCUUCAUAUUUUGGAAGGCCAGAUGUAAACCCUCUGUCUUGUUUCACAGGUGUUUUCCUUCACGUCCUAGCUGAUACGUUGGGCAGCGUUGGCGUGAUCAUUUCCACCAUCCUCAUUCGCCAGUUUGGCUGGUUGAUUGCCGAUCCCAUUUGCUCUCUCUUCAUCGCUUUACUCAUCUUCCUCAGUGUCAUCCCUCUGCUUAAGGAUUCUUGCGAGGUACUUCUGCUGAGAAUUCCCACAGAGCAUGAGAAGGAACUGAACAAUGCUCUGCACAAGAUUGAGAAGAUCGAAGGGGUCUUGUCAUACAGAGACCCUCAUUUCUGGAGACAUUCCGCCAACAUGAUUGCAGGGACCAUCCACCUCCAGAUCAUGUCCGAUGUGGUGGAGCAGCGCAUUAUACAGCAGGUGACAGCCAUUUUGAAAGAUGCAGGAGUGAAUAAUCUGUCAGUGCAGGUAGAGAAGGACGCAUACUUCCAGCACAUGUCCGGGCUCAGCACCGGAUUUCAGGAUAUUUUAGCUAUGACACAACAAAUGGAAUCCAUGAAACAUCUGAACGAUGGGACUUGUAUCAUGUAAUGUCCAUCUAACAAUUAAAAUUAUGUUCAUUCCAAUGUUUUUUCAAUGAAAAUGUACAGUGUGUGUUUUGAAUAAAUCAGAAUAUAGUCA